AAAGCUCGAACAGGGCUGCCGGGCUGGAGACUGUGGUAGCCGCUGCGCUCCGGCUGAGGGAACCACAGACUGCUCCAUCCCUGGCGCAGCGCUGUGCAGGCAGGAGUCAUGACGGGAGAGGUGGGUUCCGAGGUUCACCUAGAAAUCAACAAUCCAAAAGUCAUUUCACAAGAGGAAGCAGAUAGUCCUUCAGAUAGUGGACAGGGCAGCUAUGAAACAAUUGGACCCUUGAGUGAAGGAGAUUCAGAUGAAGAGAUAUUUGUAAGUAAGAAGUUGAAAAACAGGAAGGUUCUACAAGACAGUGAUUCUGAAACAGAGGACACAAAUGCCUUUCCGGAGAAAACUACCUAUGACAGUGCUGAGGAGGAAAAUAAAGAGAAUUUAUAUGCUGGGAAAAAUACAAAAAUCAAAAGGAUUUACAAAACUCUGGCAGAUAGUGAUGAAAGUCACAUGGAGAAGUCUUUAUAUCAGGAAAAUCUUGAAGCUCAAGUGAAACCUUGUUUAGAGUUGAGUCUUCAUUCUGGAAACUCUAUGGACUUUACCACUGACAGAAAGAAUUCCAAAAAGCAGACACAUGAUAAAGCAGGAACUGCAGGAAAAGCAAAAGUAAAAUCAAAAAGAAGACUUGAGAAAGAGGAGAGAAAAAUGGAAAAAAUUAGACAGCUAAAAAAGAAGGAAACAAAAAAUCAGGAAGAUGAUGUAGAACAGCCAUUUAAUGACAGUAGCUGUCUUCUUGUGGAUAAAGACCUUUUUGAAACUGGGUUGGAGGAUGAAAAUAACUCUCCAUUGGAAGAUGAAGAAUCAUUAGAAUCAAUAAGAGCAGCCGUGAAAAACAAAGUAAAAAAGCACAAGAAAAAAGAACCAUCUUUGGGGAGUGGGGUCCAUUCAUUUGAGGAAGAAAGUGAGUUAUCAAAAGGAACCAUGAGGAAGGAAAGAAAGGCAGCCAAGUUAAGUAAAGAAGCAUUAAAACAACUGCAUAGUGAGACUCAGCGCCUUAUUCGAGAGUCCGCACUUAAUCUUCCAUAUCAUAUGCCUGAGAAUAAAACCAUUCAUGAUUUCUUCAAACGUAAACCUCGGCCCACUUGCCAGGGAAAUGCCAUGGCACUAUUGAAGUCAUCUAAAUAUCAGUCAAGCCGUCACAAAGAAAUCAUAGACACUGCAAAUACUACUGAAAUGAACAGUGAUCACCAUAGUAAAGGUUCUGAGCAGACAACAGGUGCAGAAAAUGAAGUGGAAAUUAACGCACUCCCUGUGGCUUCAAAGGAAACUUGGAUCACUACUGGAUCAGAUGAGUCUUGCAGGAAGGAUUUGGUAGCAAAUGAAGAGCGAGAAAUUCAGGAGAAACAGAAGCAGAGUGACAUUAGAUCUUCACCUGGGAAUAGCUCAGUGUUGCAACAGGAAUCCAACUUCCUUGGGAACAAUCACAGUGAGGAAUGUCAGGUUGGAGGGCUUGUAGCAUUUGAACCUCAUGUCCUGGAGGGCAAAGGCCUCUCAAAACCAGAAGAAACAGAUGAGAAAGUGGAAGAGCCUGGGCAGCAAAGUAAAUCAUCAGUAGUUGUGCCCCCUGAAAAAGUGAGACGGUUUACUCUGGAUAGACUUAAGCAACUGGGAGUAGAUGUUUCCAUUAAACCACGGCUAGGUGCUGAUGAAGAUUCCUUUGUGAUACUUGAUGAACCUAAAACCAACAGAGAACUGGAAGCCUUGAAGCAGCGUUUCUGGAAGCAUGCUAAUCCAGCAGCCAAACCCAGGGCUGGUCAUACAGUGAAUGUGAACGUCAUAGUGAAAGACGUGGGCACUGAUGGAAAGGAAGAGCUAAAAGCAGAUGUGGUAUCUGUGACUUUGGCACCUAAGAAGUUGGAAGGAGCAAGCCACACAAAACCAGGUGAAAAGCUUCAGGUGCUAAAAGCUAAACUGCAAGAGGCAAUGAAACUCCGAAGGUUUGAGGAACGCCAGAAGCGCCAAGCACUAUUUAAAUUAGAUAAUGAAGAUGGGUUUGAGGAAGAAGCGGAGGAAGAGGAAGAAAUGACAGAUGAGUCUGAAGAAGAUGGAGAAGAGGAGGUAGAGGAAGAAGAGGAAGAACUAGAGGAAGAGGAGGAGAAAGUGGAGGAAGAAGAAGGAAAUCAGGAGAUUGCAGAGUUCCUUCUUAGUAGUGAAGAAAUAGAAACCAAAGAUGAAAAAGAAAUGGAUAAAGAAAAUAAUGAUGGCAGUAGUGAAGUUGGCAAGUCAGUUGGCUUCCUCUCUGUUUCCAAGUCUCUCUCAUCAGAUUCUACUUUACUUCUAUUUAAGGACAGCUCUUCCAAGAUGGGUUACUUCCCUACUGAAGAAAAAUCAGAAACAGAUGAAAACUCAGGCAAACGGCCUAGCAAACUGGAUGAGGAUGAUUCAUGUUCAUUGCUAACAAAGGAGAGCAGCCACAAUAGCAGCUUUGAGCUGAUUGGCUCCACGAUUCCAUCCUAUCAGCCUUGCAACAGACAAACAGGCCGUGGGACCAGUUUUUUACCUACAGCAGGGGGAUUCAGAUCUCCUUCCCCUGGGCUAUUUCGAGCCAGUUUGGUCAGCUCAGCUUCUAAGAGUUCAGGGAAACUGUCUGAGCCUUCACUUCCCAUAGAGGAUUCCCAGGAUCUGUAUAACGCCUCCCCAGAACCUAAGACACUUUUCCUAGGAGCAGGAGACUUCCAGUUCUGUUUAGAAGAUGACACUCAGAGCCAACUGUUGGAUGCAGAUGGAUUCUUAAAUGUUAGAAACCACAGGGAUCAGUACCAAGCUUUGAAGCCUCGAUUGCCAUUGGCCAGUAUGGAUGAGAAUGCCAUGGAUGCCAACAUGGAUGAGCUGUUGGAUUUGUGUACUGGAAAGUUUACAUCUCAGGCUGAAAAACAGCUACACAGGAAGAGUGACAAGAAAGAGAACAUGGAGGAACUUCUGAACCUUUGUUCAGGAAAAUUCACUUUUCAGGAUGCCUCCACUCCGGGCUCAUCAGAAUUAAAUAAACAGGAGAAGGAGAGCAGCAUGGGUGAUCCAAUGGAAGAAGCACUUGCUCUUUGCUCAGGCUCUUUUCCAACAGACAGGGAAGAAGAAGAUGAGGAGGAGGAAUUUGGAGACUUUCGGCUUGUUUCAAAUGAUAAUGAGUUUGAUAGUGAUGAGGAUGAACACAGUGACUCUGGUAAUGAAGAUCUGGCACUAGAAGACCAUGAAGAUGAUGAUGAAGAAGAACUCCUGAAGCGAUCUGAGAAGUUGAAAAGGCAAAUGAGGUUGAGGAAAUACCUGGAAGAUGAAGCAGAGGUGUCAGGAAGUGAUGUGGGAAGUGAAGAUGAGUAUGACGGGGAAGAGAUUGAUGAAUAUGAAGAGGACAUAAUUGAUGAAGUACUUCCUUCUGAUGAGGAACUACAGAGUCAAAUCAAGAAAAUACACAUGAAAACUAUGUUGGAUGAUGAUAAGCGACAGCUACGUUUAUACCAAGAGAGGUACCUUGCUGAUGGGGAUCUGCACAGUGAUGGUCCUGGGCGAAUGAGGAAGUUUCGAUGGAAAAACAUAGAUGAUGCUUCCCAGAUGGACUUGUUCCAUAGAGACUCUGAUGAUGAUCAGACCGAAGAACAGCUUGAUGAGUCAGAGGCCAGGUGGAGGAAGGAGCGAAUUGAACGAGAGCAAUGGCUUCGGGACAUGGCACAGCAGGGGAAAAUUACAGCUGAAGAAGAAGAAGAAGUUGGGGAGGACAGUCAGUUUAUGAUAAUGGCCAAGAAAGUUACAGCCAAAGCACUGCAGAAGAAUGCCAGUCGCCCUGUGGUUAUUCAAGAAUCAAAGUCUUUGCUCAGAAAUCCUUUUGAAGCCAUCAGACUGGGAAGUGCUCAUCAGGUGAAGACAGGCUCACUGCUAAACCAGCCCAAAGCUGUGCUUCAGAAACUGGCUGCUCUCUCUGAUCUUAACCCCAGUGCUCCUCGAAAUUCAAGAAACUUUGUCUUUCAUACACUUUCUCCUGUCAAGGCUGAGGUGGCAAAGGAAUUGUCUAAGUCUCAGGUAAAAAGAAGGGGUCCAUCUUUCGUGAAUUCUCCUUCUCCUAAGCGCCUCAAAACAGAUGGUAAUAGCACUUCAGGACUGAAGCAAAGCAUCUUCAAAUACUUGGAGAGCUAACACCAUUGAGGGUACCAGAAUCUACCAUGAGACUGUCUUGACAAGUUUCUAGCACUGAGAGUUGGAAUUGACACUCAAUCCGAUGAUCCUUCAUAAUCAAUGCAACAAGAUUGCAGACUAAAAUUCCAGUUCUUUCUACUGCACAGCUCUGUACAUCUCUUUUCCUAGUAUUAGUCCCUGGAUUGGCCACUGA